AGCGUGUAUAAAUAGUUUGACGAUAAUACUCUAUGAUAACCAUUUAUUAUUAUGUAAAUACUGCUAAUCAAACGCAUACACUAACCGUAUAGGCCAUUCUUCUUUUUCUGGGAAGUUCAUCAAAGAGGCGACUACGCUGAAGUACCCCAAGGUUGGAAAUACUCGCUAUCACCGUACCCGUGCCAAGCGUGAUGGUUUGUGUACGCCGGCUGAAGGAUGACCCUCUAUUUGGAGUGGACUCUCGGUGGAGCUGGAUUACCGCCUUGUUCUGUUCCUGGGUGCUUUUUUUCAGCAUGGCGACCAUCCGAAUAGGCGGCAUCUUCUUCUACGGAAUCGUCGAGACAUUCGGGGUAACCAGGGCGGAGGCUUCAUGGCCGGUGUCCCUGGCGGGUACAAUCAUGGUUAUGGGAGGUCCAAUAGCUGGUUACCUCUGCAGGCGUUUCACUUGCCGGACCGUCUUGUUGGUGUGCUCGUCUCUGGUAGGAACUGGGGCCAGCCUGUGCUACCUGGCGAAGAGCCUGCUAUUUAUCACAAUUUCAUUUGGAUUUGUUCAUGGUGGUGCGAUGUGCGGCUUGUUCGUUGCUUGCAAUGUUUUGGUUGCCCAACACUUUGAGAAACGAAGAGCAACAGCCACCAGCCUAAUGUUCACAGUUUUCGGCCUCAACUCCGUCGCUCUUUCGCCAUUGCUCGAGUUCUUCCGAAAAACGUACGGUGUCCGCGGUGCUUUCCUUCUCUAUGGAGCGCUCCUCCUCAAUGCGAUUCCAGCCGUUAUUGUUCUCAGAAGCCCUCCAUGGUUGACGAAGCAGAAAAUUAGAAGGAGAGCGACGAAAUGUGAAGUGCAGCACGAAGGAUGCGCAGCUGCCGUUUAGAUUGAAUCAGCCAACUCGGUAGAAGAUGGCAACAGGGCAACGGAAGAAGAAGAUGACCACCAUUGCACAAGACAACCUUCUAACUGUGAUCAAUCGUUACCAUGUACUGCUAAACAGAAGGAAAGCGUAUCACAUACUGGUCUGCUUCCACACAAAAGCCGCAUUAGGCUCAUGGAAGCAAAGGAGCCUGUUCGACAGUUUAGCAUUCCCACAACGGCAAGGCAAAUCUUGACGGUAUGUUUUCUUGUCCACGCACUGUCUUACGCCGCCGUAUUGUUAACAGCUGGAGUCUUCGUCCUGAUUCCAGCAGACCUAGCCAGAGACCGUGGCCUGAAUCCUUCAGAUGCGGUAUAUUUGCUCCAAGCUUUCUCCGCAGCGGACGUCGCCUUCAGAUCGGUGGUGGGCAUCGCCAUUGAUUCGCGUAUCUUAUCAUAUGAAUCUCUCAUGCUAUUUGGAUUCGCAUUGCAAGGACUCACUUAUGAGUGGCUCGUCUGGGCGGAUACACUACCGCAAAUGAUUGUAGCUUCUGUAUUCGUGGGCGCCACGUAUGGCUCACGAUCGUGUCUGCUGCCACCCGCCUUGGUCAAGGACUUUGGCAUCGGCACGUUACCGGUGGUUAUGGGUGGUGCAUUUUUUUGCGCUGGCGUAGCUCUUCUUCUCCGUCCGCUACUGAUCGGAUACUUCAGAGACACGUAUGGCGACUACGCUGGACUCCUACAUUUGAUGGCUGCUCUCAAUGCAUCCUUCGUGUGCAUUUGGACGUUCAAGUUGGUCACUAAGAGGAGAGCAAGGACAAAUGUUCCAUCUCCACCUACACCGAGACAGGCUUAAAACAGAAUUCUACAAGCAAAAGAGGUAGCAGGUAAUGAUGGGCUCCUCUAAUCUAGUUCAUCGAAAAGCACUAGAACAUGACAGCCUAAAUAUUGGCGCAUAGAAAAGCGAGGUGGAGGAAAGAAAUUUUAUAGUCUUUUAGCAGGUUUAUUUCGAGCAGAGAAGAACAUAUAAGAGAAAGACAAGAGGGAGGGGGACUUGGAUUUCAGCCAGGCGCAGAAGGUGCGUGCGUAUGCAAGCAGGGCUGGCGUGGCUUCGGAUGAGGUGUCCUUUAACAACCUUGAGUCGCAGGUCUACAAAUGAGGGGAAAGCGAAGUUUGUCUGCAAUACUGCUUAGGUCUGCGUAAUCGCUUCCUAGCACCGACAGUGCAAGCAAGAACAUCGAGGCAAGAAGAAACAAGAGCAAGCGCUUCGCUUAUCUACUGCAAUGUGAAUGCGCUGUAGCAGCAGUAAAAAUACCUGAGCCCAAGCGAGCUAACUUUUCGGCUUUUCUUCGCGUUCUCUUUUACAGCGAAGCUGUCUAGGUAAAACACUCGUGGCCCGACCACAGAAAUCCUAUUGCGGGGGUAUCAGCCAUGGUCGCGGG